ACGACCUCCAAACGCCGCCCUAUACUCACACGAUGCAGUCACUCCGCCGGACAGCAGUGGCUGCUUCCCGCACGAGCCGAACCCCGCUGUCGCGCCAAUCGCGCCGCUACGCCCACGACGAAGCUCAUGGCCAUGCCAGCCCGGCCGUCGACGAGCCUAUGGGCUGGGGUUUCUGGGGCACAAUCGGCGUUAUCCCCGCAGGUCUGGCCCUAUACAGCAUCUCGCGCACCGACGGCGAUGACAGCAAGCCGUACUUUACCCGUUUGAUUGCCGAUGCAACGACUGGAUUGCACGACAAGUGGACUGCGCAGAACGAUUUGCACGUGAGGAUGAUUGAGCAGGCGGGCGAGGACCGAGUGUUGUUUUUGAACACGAAGCCGCAGGAGCACGUUGAGAUGAAGUUCCCAGAGAUCAUGAACGUUGGAUCCCCAUACAACGUGCCUGCUGGAAGCCAAGUUCAAAUGGACAAGGUGAUUGAAAAGUACAAGAAACUGGCCUAUGAAGAAAAUGAGCGGAAGUUGGAAAAGCUGAGGAACAACGACAUCUCGUCAGAGAAGCCAUUUGAGGGCAAGACGCGCCCCCAAGUUCAUGCUAACUUGUGCCACAAAGAUUCUGUUCCUUAUCUGCCCGAACUCAAUUUCAGCCGCGUUCUCCAGAGAAAUGACAUGAACGGUGCACCCUGGCCUGACGACGCUCUUCGCACUGCGAACGCAACCCCCAUACGCUCCAAAUCCCCGGCUGUCAUGCCCUCGUAUACAUCACCUCGCAACGUCUCAGGUCCCUUCGCCGUAGACAAGUCCCCAAUGGCUACCGACGAGAACAACUCCUGGGCCCGCCCAAAUCACCACAGCACACCGAACUCAAAGACUUCGCAGUACAUUGACAAGAUCACCCAAGAAAACGACCGUUUGCGGCGAGAACUGCUUGCCGAGAAGCUGGCCAGAGAAGAUGAAGCUAAGCGCGUGUCUGCCGCCCAAACCAGAGCCGAAGACUCGCGUGCCGAGUACCAGCACCUCCAAGUCCUUGCUGACACAAACGCGCGUGCCAUAGAGCGGAAGGACCGGAAGCUGGAAGAGCUCAGGGCCACGCUCGACACCGAGAUCCGCCGGCGCAAGAUGGCAGAGCAGAGAGCCGAGGAAGCCCUCAAGAUGCUGGGCGACACUCGGUCAGAGACGCAGCGACAGCUCGCACAGGCGUACGAAAUGAAGGGUCUGGCAGACACCAACCUCGAGACGGCACGCGACGGCUUCAAGCGCAUCACCGACGGCUACGAGAACAAGGUCCGCCUCAUCAACCAGGAGCUGAACGAGCUGCGACGCAAGCGACUAGAAGACGCCGAUAAGAUCAAGCGCCAGGCUAUCAUAAGCGAUCAGCUACAACACGAGUCAUCCCGCUCCACCCGAACCGAGGCCAAGCUCACCAACCUUAUGGAAGCGUACAAGAAAGAGCACCGCAAGGAAAUGGACGCCCUUAUCGCCGAAGCAGAGAGUCUGCGACGCGCGUUACCAGAAAAGGAGCGCGAGGCUCAGAAGCUGGUAGACGCCAUGGUCGAGACGCGCGACAAGAUGCGGUGGGUCAUGACACAGCAUGAGCGCCAGACAGCCAGCAAAUCUUAGUGCUGUACCUGUUACCGCUCACCACCUGUGGUGAACUGGUCCCAUGCCAAUGCAUAGGCCAGCGUGUGCUUCACCACACUCUACGACGAUCAUGACCAAGUUUGAUUCCCGGGCUCAAAAGGCUUCUGUAGCAUAUCUGGAUACUACGGCGUUUAAGGCAUUGCAUCAGCACAUACACACAUACAUACUUGUGUAGGCCACUCUCACCCCCCUAUUUUGGUGAGAGUUGGAGUGCAGUGCAAUACAGUGCGUGUGCACUAGUUUGUUUCUUUUUUCGUGGGUUAGUCUAAGGGCAUAAGGGAGGGGUAUGUAGAAAGCAGAUGAAUGGAGAUGGGUGGGCUAUCUGGCAUCAAUUCAUUUGUUCAACAACCC